UGGACAUCAGUUCUGACUUCCUUGUUGCAGCCGCCACAGGGGAGACUGCUGGAAAAGCUUCUGAAGCCCUGGUUCAGUUCCUUCUUUCUGAUGAAUAUCUGUGUGAAAUUUCAACCGGUCUUAAAAGGCAGGAUCCUGAUGGAGAAAUGCCUCAGCAGUAUGCAGCAUAA